ACUGUUACUUGGAGAAGAUGCCAGAGAUCUAAACCCUUAAUCAACCUCUCACCUGCAUCUAUAAAUACCAAAGCCUUCCCUUCUAGUGGUCCACCAACUCACAUCUCUCUCUCUCGUCUGCUUUAUUCCGCAUCUUUUUGAUAUUCUCUCUCGAUCAAUCCGUCACAAACCAUGUCUGCCUUCACCAGCAAAUACGCCGAUGAGUUGAUCGCUAACGCUGCCUACAUCGGCACACCCGGGAAGGGUAUUCUCGCCGCCGAUGAGUCCACCGGUACCAUCGGAAAGCGUCUUGCGAGCAUCAACGUCGAGAACGUUGAGACAAACAGACGUGCUCUCCGUGAGCUUCUCUUCACCGCCCCUGGUGCUCUCCCUUGCCUCAGCGGUGUCAUCCUCUUCGAGGAAACUCUUUACCAAAAGAGCUCCGAUGGCAAGCUUUUCGUUGACAUCUUGAAGGAAGGAGGAGUUCUUCCAGGUAUCAAAGUCGACAAGGGUACCGUCGAGCUAGCCGGAACCAACGGUGAGACCACCACUCAGGGUCUCGACGGUCUCGGUGAGCGUUGCAAGAAGUACUACGAAGCUGGUGCACGUUUCGCCAAGUGGCGUGCGGUUCUCAAGAUCGGCGAGAACGAGCCAUCAGAGCAUUCCAUCCACGAGAACGCUUACGGGUUGGCUAGAUACGCUGUUAUCUGCCAGGAGAACGGUCUUGUACCCAUCGUUGAGCCUGAGAUUCUUGUUGACGGAUCCCAUGACAUCCACAAGUGUGCUGCCGUCACUGAGCGUGUCCUUGCUGCUUGCUACAAGGCUCUUAGCGACCACCACGUCUUGCUUGAGGGAACUUUGUUGAAGCCUAACAUGGUCACACCUGGUUCCGACAGCGCCAAGGUUGCGCCGGAGGUUAUCGCUGAGCACACCGUCCGUGCUCUUCAGAGAACCGUCCCACCGGCUGUUCCAGCUAUCGUGUUCUUGUCUGGAGGACAGAGCGAGGAGGAGGCGACCAAGAACUUGAACGCGAUGAACCAGUUGAAGACCAAGAAGCCAUGGUCAUUGUCUUUCUCUUUCGGACGUGCGUUGCAGCAGAGCACUUUGAAGACAUGGGCGGGUAAAGAGGAGAACGUCAAGGCCGCUCAAGAGGCGUUGUAUGUGAGGUGCAAGGCUAACUCUGAAGCCACGCUCGGAACAUACAAAGGUGAUGCUAAGCUUGGUGAUGGAGCCGCGGAGAGCCUUCACGUGAAGGACUACAAGUACUGAGGAGCGUCCUUGUUGUGACGUACUCAUCACCCUCGAUAUAUUUCUAAGGGUUUCUUCUACUUUUUUUUUUUUUUUUUGCUUGACAAUAUCGGAUUAACGAUGCUUUUUUCGAUUUUUGUUUUCGAUUUGUGUUUGAUUUUCGUUGGGUGUUGUUUAGAAUGGUGAGUGUUUGAGAAAAAAACGCACAAAUAAAAGGCCAUGUGAGGUUAUUUCUGUUGAGCUUAUAUGAACAUGAAGUAAAUUGGGCCUACUC